AUGGCAACAACAACAUUGAGGAUGCUGCGUGCGGGCAGUCGAGGAUUGACUUGGUCGUUGAUUAAACGGUUUGAAAGUCGAACUCCAGCUUCUGUCGCAGCUUCCAAGCAAAAUAAACCUGGCAAACGAGAAAAUGUGGAAUUUGACUGGAGAGAUGCCCUCAACUUGGAGGGGUGUUUAACAGAAGAGGAAAUAAUUGUCAGGGAUCAGUUCCGAGCUUACUGCCAGCAAAAGCUCAUGCCGAGAAUCAUCCAGGCCAAUCGACAGGAAUAUUUUGAUCCGGCCAUCAUGCGAGAGAUGGGAGAGAUUGGGGCACUGGGUCCAACAAUUCAAGGCUACGGUUGUGCUGGACUGUCUUCUGUAGGCUAUGGGCUUCUGGCCCAAGAACUGGAGAGAGUGGACAGCAGCUACAGGUCAGCCAUGAGUGUCCAGUCCAGUCUGGUCAUGUGGCCGAUAUCUGCCUACGGGUCAGAGGAACAGAAGCAGAAAUACCUUCCGCAGCUCGCUCAGGGAAAUCUCAUUGGAUGCUUUGGUUUGACGGAACCCAACCAUGGCAGCAACCCCAGUGGCAUGGAGACCACAGCCAAGUACAACAAGCAGAGGAAAUCUUACCUGCUCAACGGCACCAAGUCCUGGAUCACAAACUCCCCCAUCGCGGAUGUGUUUGUUGUGUGGGCCAAGUCGGAUGUCGACUCAAAUAAAAUCCGAGGCUUCAUCCUAGAGAGGAGUAUGAAGGGCUUGACCACGCCCAAAAUUGAGGGCAAAUUCUCCUUGCGUGCGAGCAUCACUGGCCAGAUUGUCAUGGAGGAUGUCGAGGUGCCAGAAGAGAAUCUGUUACCCAAUGCUUCAGGCUUGUCGGGCCCAUUUGGUUGCUUGAACAAUGCCAGGUUUGGAAUUGCUUGGGGCACUCUAGGAGCGGCUGAGUUUUGCUUAGAGACAGCUCGACAGUACACACUAGACAGAAUUCAGUUUGGAAGACCACUGGCCAAGAACCAGUUGAUACAGAAAAAACUGGCAGACAUGUUGACCGAAAUUUCUCUGGGCCUGUUUGGAUGUCUGCAAGUUGGGAGAUUAAAGGAUGAAGGAUUGGCUACCCCAGAAAUGGUAUCCUUGCUGAAGCGAAACAACUGCGGGAAGUCGCUGGACAUUGCCCGGCAGGCCCGAGACAUGCUGGGAGGCAAUGGGAUCAGCGACGAGUAUCAUGUGAUCCGGCAUGUCAUGAACCUGGAGUCUGUGAACACUUACGAAGGUACCCAUGACAUUCAUGCACUGAUCCUGGGCCGUGCAAUCACUGGACUCCAGGCUUUCACCGCAGACUGA